AUGAAAUUAGGACAUAAUGAAAUAAUGAUUGCAUCAAAGUAUUUUAAUGAUAUUAAUGAUUUUAUUAAUUUAGAAAUGGGUGUUAAAAGAUUUAGAGGAAAUAUUGAACGAUUUCAUUUUAAUCCAAUUCCAUUAAAUAAUUAUUCAAGAAGAUUCUUUCCUAAUAUUGAAACAUUUCAUGUUUAUACUGAAAGCAGUAUGGUAUUUAAUGAUGGAAGAAUAAUUAAAUUACUAAUAUGGUAUACAGUAAAUUAUUCAACAUAUUUAAAAGAAAAGAAAAAAGGAAAUAUCUGUAAAAAUAUAGAAUAUUCGCAAUCAGAUAGAAAGAAAUAUGGAAAUACAAUCCCUCCAGAAGUUAAAUCACUUGGAGAUUAUUGUUUUAAAUAUUGUAGUGAAUUAACAUCUAUUAACAUACCAACAUCUGUUAGUAAAUUAGGGUAUUGGUGUUUUUAUGGAUGUACAUCAUUAAAAUCAAUUAAUAUACCAUCAUCUGUUAGUACAUUAGGAAAUUAUUGUUUUUCAGAAUGUUCGUCAUUAACAUCGAUUUAUAUACCUACAACAAUUACUAAAUUAGAAGGUGGUUGUUUUAGAGAGUGUACUUCACUAACAUCAAUUAAUAUUCCAUCAUCUGUUAAUGAGUUAGGGUAUUGGUGUUUUUAUAAAUGUGUAUCAUUAACAACAAUUAACAUACCAUCAUCAAUUAGUGAAUUAGAUGAUCAUUGUUUUAAAAAAUGUUUAUCAUUAACAUCAAUUACUAUACCAUCAUCAAUUAGUAAAAUCGGAAAUAAUUGCUUUAAAGAAUGUACAUCGUUAAAAUCAAUUAAUAUACCAUCAUCUGUUAGUACAUUAGGAAAUUAUUGUUUUUCAGAAUGUUCGUCAUUAACAACAAUUAAUAUACCAUCAUCAAUUAUUAAAAUAGGAGAUUGGUGUUUUGAUGAAUGUACAUCAUUAAAAUCAAUUAACAUUCCAUCAUCUGUCAGUACAUUGGGAGAUUAUUGUUUUCAAGAAUGCUCAUCAUUAACUUCUAUUAACAUACCAUCAUCAAUUAUUAAAAUAGGGAAUGAAUGUUUUUAUGGAUGUUCAUCAUUAACAACAAUUAAUAUACCACCAUCAAUUAUUAAAAUAGGAGAUUAUUGUUUUUAUGAAUGUACAUCAUUAACAACAAUUAACAUUCCAUCAUCUGUUAGUACAUUAGGAAAUUAUUGUUUUGAUAAAUGUUUAUCAUUAACAACAAUUAACAUUCCAUCAUCUGUUAGUACAUUAGGAGAUUCUUGUUUUGAUAAAUGUACAUCAUUAAAAUCAAUUAACAUUCCAUCAUCUGUUAGUACAUUAGGAGAUUCUUGUUUUAAAGAAUGUUAUUCAUUAACAACAUUUAAUAUACCAUCAUCUGUUAGUACAUUAGGAAAUUAUUGUUUUUCGGAAUGUAUAUCAUUAACUUCUAUUAACAUGCCAUCAUCAAUUAAUGAAAUACGAGAUUAUUGUUUUAAAAAAUGUUUAUCAUUAACAUCAAUUAACAUUCCAUCAUCAAUUACAUCAUUUAGAAAUAGAUGUUUUUAUGAAUGUUCAUCGUUACAAUCAAUUAAUAUACCAUCAUCUGUUAGUGAAAUAGGAAAUAAUUGUUUUGAAUAUUGUUCAUCAUUAAAAUCAAUUACACUACCUACAUCAAUUAGCAUAAUACCAGAUUACUGUUUUAGUAUAUGUACGUCAUUAACUUCAGUUACUGUACCAUCAUCAAUUAGUAAAAUAGGAAAUAAAUGUUUUAAAAAAUGCUCAUCAUUAACAACAAUUAAUAUACCAUCAUCAAUUAUUGAAAUCGGAAAUAAUAGUUUUGAAGGAUGUACUUCACUAACAUCAAUGAAUAUAGACAAUCUACAAUUUAUUAGUAAAGAAAGAAUAUUUAUGAACGAACCAGUGUUAAUUAGUAUUAAAAUACCAGAAAAUCUACAAAUAAUAAAUGGAAAGAAUAUUGAAAAUAAAGAUAUUAAUGAAUUUAUUAUACCAUCUUCAAUCACUAAAUUAGGAGAUAAAUGUUUUAGUAAAUGUUCAUCAUUAACUUCAAUUAAUAUACCAUCAUCAAUUAAUGAAAUAGGACUUAAUUGUUUUAAAGAAUGUACAUCAUUAAAAUCAAUUAAUAUUCCAUCAUCAAUUACUUCAUUUGGGUAUAAAUGUUUUUAUAGAUGUCUAUCACUAACAUUAAUCAAUAUACCAUCAUCAAUUAAUAAAAUAGGGGAUGGAUGUUUUAAUGGAUGUUCAUCAUUAACAUCAAUUAAUAUACCAUCAUCAAUUACAUCAUUUGGAAAAUCUUGUUUUUAUGGAUGUGGAUGUGAAGAAGAAUUAAAGAAAAAUAAAAGAAUACCAAGAAAUUGUUUUGAAUAG